AUGCGAAUUCCACACCUCGUCGGCCUGGUCGGCCUGGUCGGCCUUGCUAGCCUAGCCUUCGCCGCUCCCGCUCCUCCCGACUCUGUCCCGCGUAACACGGUCGAUAAUGCCAAUAUCUCUGCACUAGCAGCUGCCGGUGAUACCGUCGUCUGUCAGAACACACUCGACAACGGACCCUGCGAACUUCAUCAUGCUCAAAAUCGAUGUGUCACGCUGGGACCAGGGCUUUCCCACAAGGUUCAAACGAUAUAUCAGGCUGCUGGCUCAGUAUGCAAGUACUUCGAGUCAGACUGCUCUGCCCGUUAUCCAGUCGUCAGCGUCAACUCUCGCAGUAAGCCUAUAUUCCUUCAGCUUGGUAAGAAUGUUGGUGGGAAGAUUGGCCUAGUUCUUUGUAAGGACAGCUGGUCUUCCGCUGAGAUCAAUGGUGGCUUGACUCCUGUCGAUCCUCGCCAUGUCGAGGCUACGUCCUCGUACCCAACGAUCCCAUUCCUUGGUGACAAGGGCGAUGCGGCUUCCAUCGACGUCCGCCGUAGUGAAGCCCCUGGCGACACGCGCAUCUGCGACGACGCGAAUUUCCAGUGGUGCAGGGACAAUGUGAAUGCAAUGGACCGUUGCUCAAGCCUCGAUCCUGCGGCUGGAGGUCCCAGUUCUCUAAUACAGUUUCGAGGUGCUUUCUGCAAGUGGUACCGCGGGUUCGGUUGCUCGCGUGAGAGCAACGACCAUGCACCUAUGAAGAUUGACUCUAGGGCCCAGAAAGUCGAGCUCGGAGAGCUGGGUCCAAAUAACAACCUCUUCAAGAGUGUGGAGUGCCGUGGCGCAUCUUUUUGA